AUUACAUUGGCAAAAAGCAGCCACAUUUUUAUGAAAGGUGUGGAAAGUGCUAUCUAUACAGCUGCGAGAACCCAAAAAAACACAUGCAAAAUCACAAUGGAGAAAAGCCAUAUUCUUAUAUAAUAUGCAGAAAAUGUUUUACCUCUUGCAGUAGUUUGUACAGACAUAAGUAUAUUCAUACGGAAGAGAAGCCAUAUCCUUGUGAAAUAUGUGGAAAGCGCUUCGUCAACAAAAGUGCUUUGGGGUUACAUAUAAGAUUCCAUACCGAAGAAAGGCCAUAUUUUUGUGAAAUAUGUGUAAAGCGCUUUGUACAAAGAAGUGAUUUGGGGAUACAUUUACGAUUUCAUACCGGAGAAAAGCCAUAUUUUUGUAAAAUAUGUGAAAAGAGCUUGACCACAGCAAGUGAUUUAAAAAGACAUACGCAAAUUCAUACAAGGAGACGGCAAUAUAUUUGUAAAAUAUGUGAAACAUUGCUUCGCAACAGCAGAUAAUUUGAAUGUGCACAUGAAAAUUCAUACAGGAGAAAAGCCAUACUUUUGUAAGAUAUGUGCCAAAAGUUUUGCGCAAUCAAGUAAUUUGAAUACCCAUUUACGAACGCAUACUGGAGAAAAGCCAUACUCUUGUGAUAUUUGUGGAAAAUUCUUUGCACGAACUUGCACACUGAAUAGUCAUAUACAAAUUCAUACAAGAGAGAAGCAAUACUCUUGUGAGACAUGUGGCAAGUGCUUUGCAUCUUCGCAUAAUUUGAAAUCACAUAUUCAAAUGCAUACAGGAGAAAAGCCAUAUCAUUGUAAGAAAUGUGGCAAGUGUUUUGCGUAUUCCAGUAGUUUAAAAUCCCAUAUGCAAGCCCAUACCGGAGAAAAGCCAUACUCUUGUGAGACAUGUGGCAAGUGUUUUGGAUAUUCCAGUAGUUUAAAAUCCCAUAUUCGAACUCAUACAGGAGAAAAGCCAUACUCUUGUGAUAUUUGUGGAAAAUUCUUUGCACGAACUUGCACACUGAAUCGUCAUAUACAGAUUCAUACAAGAGAGAAGCAAUACUCUUGUGAGACAUGUGGCAAGUGCUUUGCAUCUUCGAGUAAUUUGAAAUCACAUAUUCGAGCUCAUACAGGAGAAAAGCCAUACUCUUACGAGACAUGUGGCAAGUGUUUUGGAUAUUCCAGUAGCUUAAAAUCCCAUAUGCAAGCCCAUACCGGGAAAAAGCUUAGAAAGGGUUCGAAGUGAUUUAUUAUGUGUAAGUAUUCACAACCAAUAUUCUUGUAUUUAGUUCUCACUUCACGAAAAUUUGUACAAAUUUAUUUCAAUCAUAUGACUAAUACUGUGCACUGUAAACAUUUGAACGCUGUUGGUAAUAAAAAUAUUGGGACUUCCUGAAGCAUGCGCACCAAGAUGGCGCACAACCUGAAAUCAGGUUGUGUACCAGGUUAUGCGACAUCUUGGUGCACAUACUUCAGGAGUACCAAAUAAUGAAUUCGUACACAAAUAGUCAAGUUGCUGGAUGGGAAAAAUAAACUUGACUAUGACUAUUUGUGUACGAAUUCAUUAUAUUUGUUAGAAAUAGAGUGCUCUGUAUUCACCUAGUUCUCACUUUCACAAACAUAUUGUUCAUUAGCGUUUUUGUACGAAUUCCUUUUCGUUUAUUUGUUUGAUUAGCAAUACAGUGCACUUUAUUUAGUUCUCACUUUCACAAAUAUGUUUUCAUAAGCAUUCUCGUACAGUUCAUUCACUUUAUCUUCAGUCGUGUUUAGUUCUCACUUUCAUAAAUAUGUUUUAUUAAGCAUUCUCGUACAGUUCAUUUACUUUAUCUUCAGUCGUAUUAGUCGUGUUUAGUUCUCAUUUUCACAAAUAUGUUUUUCAUAAUCGUUUCUUAACAAAUUCAUUUUCAGUUACUUUUUAUUCAUUUAUUUCAUUACUAAUAC